GACUGCACCUCCCCCAGCUGCCGAGCCUCCUCCGUCCACCUCCCGGUCCCCGAGCCUCCACCCAGCGGCUCUCCCUGUGCCACUGCAGUGAAAACGGUCGCUUAACCAGAACAGGAGCCGGGCUUAGACCAACACGACCCGACCAGUAAGACCAGUAAGACCACCGUCGGUGCUCCGCAGACCUCAGACACCAGCUCCUUUUUCUGUGCGCCGCCUUUCCUUCACAUCGUCUGGAUUUCGUCAUCGUACCGGCAAGAUGGGCAAUGAGGCGAGCUACCCCCUGGAGAUGUGCUCUCACUUCGAUGCAGAUGAGAUCAAGCGUCUGGGGAAGCGGUUUAAGAAGCUGGACCUUGAUAACUCUGGCUCCCUGAGUGUGGAGGAGUUCAUGUCCCUCCCGGAGCUCCAGCAGAACCCGCUGGUCCAGAGGGUCAUCGACAUAUUCGACACCGACGGCAACGGGGAGGUGGACUUCAAAGAGUUCAUCGAAGGCGUGUCACAGUUCAGCGUGAAGGGGGACAAGGAGCAGAAGCUUCGGUUUGCCUUCAGGAUCUACGACAUGGAUAAGGACGGCUACAUCUCCAACGGGGAGCUCUUUCAGGUGCUGAAGAUGAUGGUGGGCAACAACCUGAAGGACACCCAGCUGCAGCAGAUCGUAGACAAGACCAUCAUCAAUGCGGACAAGGACGGAGACGGACGCAUCUCCUUCGAGGAGUUCUGUGCAGUGGUGGGGGGUCUGGAUAUACAUAAAAAGAUGGUGGUGGACGUGUGAGCGCCCAGCGAGCCCCUCCCCCCUCCCUCCCUCGCUCCUCCACAAUCUCCUCUUCUUCCUCCUCCUCCUCCUCAUCUCAGUGUGUCCACACACUCUCCUUCUAACUCAAUGGAAGUAUUUUCUCUGUCUCAGUCUCCCCCCCCCCCCCCCCCCCUCCACCCCUGUGUUCGUCUCCCCCCCCCCCCCUCCAUGAAGCCACUUCCUGUCCUGGUGAGUGUUGAUGAACUGCAGUCCUCUGGACCAGAGGCUCCCUCUCCCAGUUCAACCAGUACAACCACCACAAGGAUCUCCCAUUUCAACCAGUAGAAGGACAACGAGGUCAAGCUUUUCCCACUUCAACCAGUACAACCACCACAAGGAUCUCCCAUUUCAACCAGUAGAAGGACAAUAAGGUCAAGCUUUUCCCAGUUAAAACAGAACAACAACAAGGUUCUCCCAUUUCAACCAGUAUAAGGAGAGGUCAUAAGUCUUUCGUUUUUCCCUCUCUGUCAUUUUUGAUAAUUAUUUUCUUUUGUUUUUUUAUAAAGAGUCGAACGUCUUUGGUGCGAUGGAAGCUUUGGUCACAGAGCUAGCCUGCGCUGGGUAACAGAGCUAGCCCGCGGCGGGUCACAGAGCUAGCCCGCGGCGGGUCACAGAGCUAGCCCGCGGCGGGUCACACAGCUAGCUCGCAGGCGGGUCACAGAGCUAGCCCGCGGCGGGUCACACAGCUAGCCCGCGGCGGGUCACACAGCUAGCCCGCGGCGGGUCACAGAGCUAGCCCGCGGCGGGUCACACCGCUAGCCCGCGGCGGGUAACAUGCCAAUCAGGACUGUUCCGUCUGAGCCGUCGCCAGGGCGACCCCUGCCUGAGCCCGUCCUCUCUUGUCCCUCCUAGCUUCCCGUCCAUCUCGCUUCUGACCACGCAGCUCAUGUUUUAUUUUAUUUUGUAAGGAGAGUGAUCGUUUUAUUUAUACCUUAACAUGUUUGUAUUAUUGAUUAUUCUAGUAGAUUAAUGAAUGCCAGAAAGUGAUUUCAGAACGAUGAGACGGUUUACCGAAGAAUCUGAAGACAAACUCCGACCCAGAGAACAAGUCCGUCUGACUUACUGACUGACACACUGGUCACCAUGGAAACCCUGGUGACCCCGGGGGGUCAGACUCAGGGGACACUAGAGGUCAAGAGGUCGGCUGAUAUUCAAGCAGACGAUGUAACCUCGGCGUUGAAGAACCUCGUCCAAUCAGCAGGCAGCCUUCCUCCUGGUUGUGUUCUGAUGUGUGUACUGGGUCUAGUGGGGGAGGGGGGGGGAGACACUCUUAAACCACCGUAACCGUCGGCGAUGGCCUCAGAAACCGCUAGGAUACUCCUUUUUGUUUUUGUGUACAUUUGAAAGUUGGCUUCUUCAACCCAUGUUGUUAUUUUCAUCGUCACCAUCAUCACCCCCAACGUAACCACGGCGCCAAGCGAUGGUGUUGCCACGACGACCACGACUGACGCGCCCCCCACCCCCCCCUCCCCGGGCCAGGGAGGAGCGUGAUGAGAUUAGUAUGGGACAAAGGGUGGGGGUCGGGGUGACGGCGUGGUGUUGGGGGGGGCAGAAGAUCAUGUUGUCAGCGACGGGACCCCCGCCCCCCCACACAACCCCCCCCCCGCGCUCUGCACGGGCCCCCCCUCCUGCAUGACAUGAGAUCUACUUUUGGGUUGUGCAUGUGAUCACUCCUUUGAAGAUAUUCCUGUUUACACACGGAUGGUGAUGUUAAUAUAUUUAAGAAUUUAAUGGAAUACAAUAAUGGAUGUUGCCAAACGUUGGUGAAUAUAAACGAUAUAACGCGGCGGUCCGGAGGUUCUUUUUGUAUUGAUCAGUGCAGCUCGAUGCUGAUCCCAGACCGCCGCACGCCGCCGGGGGGAACCUUUGGUUCUUCCUCUGUAAAUAAGACGAGUAUUGGUGGACGGCGUUCCCGCCGGGAAUCUGUUCGGUUUGUGUGGAAUCUGAAAAAAGAUGGGACUUAAAAGGACCGUUUCUCAUUUUAUUCUGCAUGCUGCAUCCUAUGCUGUGGGACUGUUGGAAAUAAACAUUUAAAUAAAGUUUGAAAUGUUA